AUGCCCGCCACCGCCGCGCCGGUCACGCCGCCGCCACGAAGCCGCCGCCAGCAGGCUCCAGCUUGUCGCCGCGCCCGCCACCAGCGCCGCAUCCCAGGCAGCCGCCUCGACCCGCGCCGAAGGCCCCCGCUGAGGAGACAAGGCAGCCCCGCCGCCGCCUACCAGGCUUCGCCCGGCGCGCCCUCUCUGGCGGCAGCGAGGGAGAGGAGGGAGGAGGAGGGGAAGCCCGCCGACAGCGCUAGGGUUUCUCCAGUGACGCGCGCGCGGGGCGCGUCGCGGGAGCGAGUCUUUACAAGGACAAGGAAGAAGAGAAACUCAAACUCAGAGGAUGAGGACUAUGUGGCUGCUGAGGAGGAAGUCAGCUCCAAGAAGAAAGUGUUGAAGAAGGAAUAUGGAGCUGCUGCUGCUGCAACAAAACCUGGUAUGCACAAGAAAGCACCUGCCAAGAGAGUUUCCAUGUCAAAUGCCAGAGCCUCAACUCAUGAAACUUCCAAAUCAAAUGGAGGAGAGGUUGUUGGUGAAGGCAAGAAGAGGAAAGAGAGGGUCAAGAAGACCAUGGCCAAAGUUAUUGGCAGAUCAUCCAUGAUGAGAGAUCUAGCUGAGGAUGAAGAUGAAGAGGAAGAGGAUGCUGCACCAGCAUCAAAGUCUCAAAAGCUGAUGGGGGAUGCCAUCAAGAUGACCGCAGAACCCCUGCGGCGAGUCAUCGUUCCAGCCGCGUCCGACUCCGAGUCUAUGUUAAAAGACGACACUACACACCGCCUCGAAUGCGGCAAACGCCCCAGGUGCGACAGCAAGAACAAGGCGGAGGACCAGAAUGUCCGUCGUGCAAGGAUCAAGGCCCAGAACGCCGCCCAGGCCGAGUCGCGCUUCACCGCGUCGAACAAGGGCUCGGAGGCCAAGGCCGCCGAAGACACUCGUGCCCAAAUCUAG